CCGUCCUUGUGCGCACGCGCGCCGCCCGCCUUUGCCCCGCCCCGAUCUUUGUGCGCGUGCGCGGCGUGCACCCCCGAAGACCCCGCGGAGGGGUGGCCGCCGCGCUGCCUGACGGAAAAGCGGCCUCACCAUGGACGAAGCCCCACCGGGCACGGAACGCUGUCCGCACUGCCGGCGGCCCUUCAAGCGGCUCCGAGCGCACCUCCCGCACUGCAAGGCCGCGCCCCGUCGGGAGGCGGAGGGAGCCGGGCGGCGGGAGGGGGCGGACGCGGCCGUGAGGGGAGAGGAGGCGGCCCCGGGGAAGAGGAGGAAGCAGCAGGCCGCGGCCCAGCCUCGGGUGGAGGCCCAGGUGCGGGUGGAGGCCGAGGCCCGCGAUGUGGCACAGUCCCUCGACCUGCUGCCCGAGGAGGUGGCGGGCAUCCCGGAGAAACUUCGGGACGGGGUGAAAAUAGUGAUCGAGAACCACCGCGCCAAAGUGGUGAGGGAGAGAAGCGGCCCCAGGGCCGGGGGGCACUGCGGGGAAGACCCUGAAGUGCUGCGAUCAGCGGGCCCCGAGGGAAGAAAUGCCCCAAAAGCAGCGUGUGCAGAGGUGCCUAGCCCUAGAGCUCCCAGCUUAAAGGAAGGGAAAGGCACUCAUUUAAAUGCGGUUAGAACACGUGGGCUGCACGGUCCCCCUGAAGCUGACAGCAGAAGGAGCCCCUCUGACCUCACUCAGCAGGAGGGAUCAGACAAAACCCUGACAGAAGAGAAGCAGGUGUACAUGGAAGCUGCUGUGGAAUACAAAGCCCCUCUUUCUGUUUUGCACGGUCAGAACCUCCAUCUGUCUGUGAGAGAGGAUUGGAGAGGUCACAAGGAAGGGACAUCCAAAAAUUACCUAACCGGCAUACAAACACUGAGUGAGAACAAGAAGCAGAUGGCUGUCGUUUCCGAGCCCAUCCUGAAUGCAGGGAGGGACAGCAGGCUGGCUCUGGACCAGUCCUUGCUCCACACCCCCAAAAGGCAACCCAUCUGUCUCCCCCAGGCCUCUGGCAGAAGCACGCAGGCAGGUGCCGUGGGUUUGGAGUGGUUUCCAGACUUACAUUCUAAUUACCACAGUCUGAGCAUGUUUCCUGGGAAGUCUUUUCAGGAAGACAUGAGGAUCACAAUGAAGACACCAAAGGGCAAUUUCUCAGAAGGACACCAAGGUCCCCUUUCAGAAAGACAUCUGAUGGAUGUAAGGCUGGGGGAGCUGCCCAUGUGGCUCACCACCUGUGAUUUUUCUCCCCGGGGGCUGCUUGGAGGAGUGCAGAAAGUCUGGAGCAGUUACUACAACAAAUACAUCAAUGUGAAGAGGGGUGGAGCAGCUGGAAUCUCCAUGCUCCUCGCUGGAUACUGCAUCCUCAGCUACAGCUGGAACUAUCAGCAUAUCAAGUGCAGUCGCUGGCGUAAGUACCACUGAAGAAUCUGCAACAGCACCCGGGAAACAGGCGUAAAUGUUUGACAGAGUCAGCACAAGCUCCUGGGACCAACAGGGUUUGAAUCCUCAGUGAAACAGCAGAGACCCAUUUCCUGUUAGAGACAGGCUCUUAAGUUGUUGAUACUGGGAGCGUGCUUUUCAGCUACCCUCCUGCAGAUAGAGAGGUAACUCUGACAGUCUGCAGUCACUGCUCUGUGGGUCAGUGUUCAGUACUGAAAGGCAAGGAGGCGUUAAGGCAGCUCCUCAGAGGUCUGCGUGCAGUAGAUUUCUGUAGUUGGCAGUUUCCUGUAUUAUUUGGCAAUAAAGUAUGUGGUGGCUCAUUGCAGAGAGGGGUUAAUAAAUAACCAGAAUAACCACUGCCUUAAGUUAUCAGAGCUGUACCUAGCACUGGGCACCUUUUACUUUCCUCUCUCCACAAUAAGCAAAAUAAUGUUUAUAGCUAACUUGUGAAAGGAGGGUGAUCCCUGCAGAGCCCUUCUACAAAGGGGCCCCUGCUUGGGGCCACAAACAUUGCCUAUGAGUCUACCUGGGCUCUGAGACAGCUCCAGGAAGGAUCUUUGUAAAGGUUUUAAAGCAGCAGCACUGAGAACGCGGUGCCCUAUUUCUGGAGGAAGAAAAUCCAUUGGAUUAGCUGUUGUGCCCAAAGGGCAAACUGACAUCAGACAAAUGAGGACAGUUAUGAGAGUGCUAGUUGUAGCCUGCCAUCCUCAGACAUGUCUGGAAAAGGGUUGGUCACAUUACAGGCACAAAAUGAGGGAAAAGAAAAAAAGAAAAGGCAAACUCUUUAUUCUAAGAGAGGUGGAGGAGUACUGUGUCAGAGGUAUUUCACCAAGAACUCCCUCCCACCAGCAAUAAAGUCCUUCUGAAUUUUU